AUGUCGUCGUACAAUCGUGGCGACCGUCGCAUGCCGUCGAAUAAUCAAUCUGCCCAACCUGCAGACAUAUCACAUCGAGAUACCACCACCUCUAGAAUGACAUACGCGCCUCAAAUCCCUCGAUCUCAAAUUGCACGACCUCUCAAAUUUAUACCUCGAAGUAGUAGAGCCUCAUCUGUAUCUGCGGCAGAAGGAAUUGGUCAAGUACCAGCUUUAUCAACGUCAACGCUACAGCCGGCCACUCGUACCAAGCGUCUGUCGAUGCUCCCACGCCCAAGUACUGGUGAACCACAAUCAUCGAUAUCCCCUGCAUCGUCAAUAUCGCCUCAGUUCUCAACUCAAUCGAUACCCUCGUCUAUAUCUACACCCGAUAUCACCAGCCCAUCUGCAUUCAUACCUACAUACCAAGCGCCCCCUCCAAAACGACCUCGCAACGUGCUUCGGAGAAAAGCACCAACAAUAGGAAAACAUGUGGAACAGCAGUCUCAAAAGUUGAGCCUCCUCAUACCCCAAACGUUUUGCUCUGUGGAAAUGAAAGACAUCAAACCUCAAACAUUUCCUAGCUCGCAAUCGAUUGAGCCACAGGAACUCGCACGCACCUCGGCCAAUGAGGGAGAUCAUUAUGUUAUGGAUACACCAACAACUCAGGGCCCGGUGGAACUGGCAAGUCUUCGUACAGCAGUCUCCACUGAGCCCCUACCACCCUCAAGCACUCCCCUCAUUCCUUCUGCGAGUACUCCUUCGACCAGAUAUUCGGAAUCUCCUGGCAUGUGGAGUCGUGGCUCGACACCAACCUCACUGUCUUCAUAUUCGCCAGGCAUUGUGCAUUCGACCAAAGUUGGCCGUUUGAGGCAGCUAAACACAUCAAAAACCAGAUUGCCAGUCUUUUCGCCUCCGGCCACAACUACCAGUCCACAGAGCGCGACAGUUGAGCAUGCAGAGUUGAAACCGCAAAGAAAGACAACACCCAAGUUGCCUGCAUCAUUGACUGCCGGCACGAGACCAGCUGUCAAUACUCCCAAUCACCCCAGGAAACCCGCUAUCGCCACCUUCAAAGGCCCACCACAUAGCCCGCCUCCAAGGAAGUCAUCGACGAAGUUCAGCCCACCGAAAGAUGUUGAUAUUGACGUCGAAAAGGCCAAGAAAGAAGUUGAAGAAGCUGAGCUAGAACUUUUCAAUUCGCAUCGUUCGAGAGCUGUCAUUUCGAGCCCAGAGCCAAGUGUGCCCAAGACUCCACCACGACCUAGCAGAGACGGUACACCACGUUUAGAUCUUGAAGCGUCGCCCGUGAUAAAGAGCAAUCUACCAUAUCUGAGGUCGACGGGUCAUACGCGUCGCGAAUCAGCGGAAAGGAUACGGAUUCAAGGACAGAAAAGCACUACUCCCAUUCCGAAUCACUCUGCUGCCACCUCAACAGACUCUUUGCGGUCUAAGGAUAUAUCACGGACUCCAUCACGCGAAGCUGGCUCUCCUGUUAUGGCCCGAAAAUCACCUCGAACACUGACCAAAGAGCCACCUGGAGAGAGAUCUGAGUCAAGAAUAGUGGCCGCCUCUCCCAAACGGUUUGGUCUUUUCUCCAAGAAGUCAAAACCUGACCUGGAUGAUUCAUCGAUUGACCAAGGUCGCCCGGCUCGCAAAGGACCGGUCGCAGGGACUGGCCAUGAGGGAUAUGGGAAAUACUCUCAGCGGGGCCGGAAAGCAAGUGCUAGCGGCAACACUGGUACGAGAGCGAGAUCAACGAGCACAACAAGGAGUGUUUCUCGCUCAGUAGCCAGCAGCAAAGGGAGCAUGUCUAGUCGACCUGAUUUUGAGUUGGAUGACUUCUUCUCAAGCCGACUUGAACCGGUCGUUAUUACGGGUGGAGGCCUGGAUGGGGGAACUCUUUCCAGAACCCAAAGUGAGCAGAGCAUCAGCAGCAUGAGCGUGACUUCGUCAAUUCUUCCUCAUCCGACACCACUUACAUCUUCAACUGUGCAAUCCACUGAGUCAUUGGCUACUUCUACGGGCACUUUUGGGGAAACAAAUACGCCCAAUGAAUCCGUGGUGAGUCUUGGACAUAUUAGAAGCAAGAGUCCGGUGAAAAGACCUACUGUUGUCAAUUCCCAGGCCCAAAAGUCACGAAUGCCGGUUCCUAAAGGAAAAACGAGUACGCUGGCUUCCAGUCCCAGUGCCACGUCCCUUUCGAGCCACAACACAGGUUUAAUAGCAAAACAAGCCCCGAAAGUCACUUCAAUAUCACCCUCCGCCAAGCAAGCGCCUGUAAAACCGGAGGAGCAGCAUAUCAAGAAAUCAAGGUCCUCACGUUGGAACCCAUUCCACCGCGGCCGUGGCAACGAUGUCAAGGCACCUGCCCAAGCUGUACCUGUACCUGCGCCAGCUUCUCACGCGGCCCAGCUUCAUGCUGCUAUCUCUCCUGUUCUGAAUACCCGGCCUAUUGCUCACUACGCAAUUGUUGACGAAGAUUCCGAUGAGCUCGAUAGAAUUAUCAGCAACAUCGAGCAUUCACCACCGACUGAAGAAGAGAUGCCUGUCGCUUCAGUGGAGAUUCCUGCGGGACUGAAUAUCAAGAAAAGACAGCCAUCAAUCCUACUCCGCUCUCCGCCCAAAAUGCAUGGUGAAUUUGAUAGCGACAAGCCUUCCCCGAAGACCGCCAUGUUCAAUCGCAAUAUCAUGGGCCCAGAACCUGAGAGUAGCCCCGAAGACCGCCGGCCAAGAAGACUUGCCUCUGUGGGCCGGAUUCCAAAGGUAGUCUCGAGGCGUGAUAGACAGCUGAGACAUGAUAUGCAGUCCUUUUCUCGGCCUUUCAGUGUUGCGGAGUCGCUAUCUAUCCCGGCCCCGGUACUGGAAAGCCAAAAUGAAAAUCAUCGACUUGAUCAAUCUCCAAGCCACGGGGUCAACUUGUCAGCAAGCAGGCCUUUAGAUUGGGGAUAUGGCUACAACCCAGUGUUUAGCGCACCUGAGCAAAUCAGCGCCUUGGACUUCCUUGCUGGCCCUUACUCGGCUAGUGAGUUUCUUCACUUCUCGCCUCCGCACAAAGGAUCUGUUUCAUCAAGCAGUUCCGGAGCCCUCGCUGCUGUCACUGCUGUUGUUCCCGGUACAGCCACUGCGCCGACCCAAGAUGAGGUGUGGAACGAGUAUGAUGACCUCAUAGAUCACUUCUCCCCGGAAGAGCCAAAGCCCGAUGAGUCCGCUAAAACCGAGGAUCAAUCGAGAUUCCAGAAAGCAACAAUGGCGAGCAGAGCUCUUCAGGAUGGCAUAAAGAAUUCUAACUCGCUUCAGCCACCAUCCCUGCCAACAGGUGAGGAGUCGAAUAGAAUCAGCGGCGAUUCGGUUCACCUUCGCCGAUCAAGAAUUGUCUCUGCUUUGUAUUCACCAUUGGCCCCUUCAACGCAGCCGUCGUAUAGCGAUCUUAUUUCUAGCUACGAAGAUCGUGAAGAAACCAUUGGCAGUCCUCGAAAUCCCAAGUUGGAAUUUUCAGACCAUGUCCAGCGUCAGCAAUCAACGUUCUUGCAUUCCCUCGCAGCAGUUCCUCCAACGAAGCCAAAGUCGGAUGGACUGAGAGGUGUUUAUGAGCCCUCCGAGCGUGACUGGGAUGCGGUGACCCAUACCAAUAUGCGGUCUGCCUCUCUAAUGACUAGUCGUUGGCUAUCAUUUGGGCGGGUUCUCUUCAGCCCAGCACACAAUCAUGUUAAGUCUGGAACGCAUGGGAGAAUACUUGUGAUUGACGGUCUUGGGAAUGAUGAUUGGUCAUUUUACUGCUCCUUGACCUACCCUGACGCGGAAGUAUAUAGUCUAAGCAGCCGGCCAGUUUCCACGGCCAUCCCUCACCCUGCUGCCUGGCAGCCCCCGACAAAUCAUCACACAGUCUACCAUGCUGGGUUACAAAACCCUCUCCCAUUUCCAAAGGACUAUUUUGCAGUUGCAGUCCUAAGAUUUCCCGCAACAACGUCUGAGGCGGUGCAAAGCAAUAUGCUUCAAGAGUGCAGGCGAGUUCUUCGUUCUGGCGGCUACCUCGAAAUGAGUGUGUUAGAUCGAGACAUGGUGAAUAUGGGUGUUCGCACCCGCAAAGCCGUUCGGCGAUUGAAAGAAAUGACAUGUCUUGCCAAUUCAACAAUCAGCCUCAGCCCAGCAAGCGAUAGCGUCCAACGACUCAUCGGCACUCAAGGAUUUGACAACCUCCGCCGCUGCAUGGUCCGUAUUCCAGUCGCGGGAAUGGUUGUCCGAUCUUCCGACUCGACAACAUCAUCCUCGAGUCGGUCCUUUUCUGCAUCAGCCGGUACCCAAUCAACCGGAUUCUCCUUUCCUCAUACUUCUGCAUCUGUCUCGACAGCGACAGGAAGCCAGAGUACACGGACAGCAUCCAAAUCGUCCCCUUCAGACGAUAAUAUCUCUUUGUGGGACCUCCUCUCAGACCCCUCUCCUUCUGCUGCGAAUGACGAGUCCAUUGCAAAGAUUGUGGCUCGUGUUGGUCGUUGGUGGUAUACCAAAUGCUACGAAGACCCAGUUCUCCCCAAUACGGGCGACAAUGACCCCAGCAUGUGGAAUGAUCGCAAGACGCUCCGCGAGUGUCAAAAGCGAGGCACUGGAUUCCGCAUGCUCAUUGCAUACGCACAGAAGCCGAGUGAGGUUAAACGUCGCACAGCAAGCGUUUAA